CAAAAAUCUCUCUAUAAGACCAAUGGUUGCGGGAACUUGGCAGAGGGAAUUCACUCACAGCAAAUGCUUUCUUUAUUUAUUUCUUCGAUCGCUGCCUUACAUGCGUUGGCGGUUGCUUUACCGGGGCCGCAGCCACAUCCUCUUUCGAUUGCGUUAACGAAAAGCUUCACUCUCAGGAACGCUGACGGACUUGUUGACCCUGCUUCAAUUAGGGCUCAUAUUACCAGCACAGAGGCUAAGUUACAGCGGGGCGCUGCUGCAUUCGAAAGAAACACGGGCAAAGCCCUUUUCUCGACACCGCCGACCAAGCGUGCGGGAGAGUCAGGCUCUGCACCGCUGGUAGAUGACUCGAACAAAAUUUGGAUUGGAGCAAUCGAAGCUGGCACUCCGCCGAAGGCAUUUACCAUUGACUUUGACACUGGUUCUCCCGAUUUAUUUCUACCUGGAGAAAGCUGUGGGAACGCGUGCAGCGGACAGGAACGGUACAAUCCUAGCAGUAGUUCUUCUGCUCAGGCCCUUGGCAAGACGUUUCAAGUGGCGUACGGCGAUGGAUCCGCAGCUGAAGGCGAUCUAUAUAAAGACACCGUCACGUUUGCUGGCUUCAAGGCCACUGGACAAACGUUUGGCGUCGCCACAAACGCAACCGAUUUCUCACAGGAAAAGUAUGAUGGGCUGAUGGGAAUGUCCUUUCCGUCGCUUUCCAAUUUUCCCGCAAACCCCGUUUUCAACACCCUAGUUGCACAAGGAGCUGUCCCAGAAUCAGUGUUUGCUUUCAAACUUGCAUCCUCUGGUUCUGAGCUUCGCGUUGGUGGGGUGAACUCUGCGUUAUAUAAAGGCUCGUUCACAUACACUCCAGUAACCAAACAGGCGUACUGGCAGAUCGAUGGCGAUGGCAUUGGGGUCAAUGGGAAAAACGUUAUCAAGAAAUUCUCUGCCAUUGUGGACUCCGGGUCCUCAUUAAUCUUGGGCAAUUCGGCCCAAGUCAAACAGCUCUACGCAGCUACGGAUGCGACAGAAGUACAAAAGGGUGUAUACGCGCUACCGUGUGACGCCAUGCCACACGUGAGCAUCACCCUUGGAGGGAAGGCGUUUCCGCUUUCCGCGGAGACACUCAAUCGUGGCCCUAUUGAAUCAUCAGGAAAAACCUGCAUCGGUGCUAUCCACGGCAGUGAUUCCAUUGGAGAUAAAUAUCAAUGGAUUCUUGGUGAUGUCUUCAUGAGGAACGUUUACACCGUCUUUGAUGUCGGAAACUCCAGAGUUGGCUUUGCGGAGCUCGCAUGAGUUUCGAUUAAGCCUGGCUGACUGCAUGGAAGUCGCACUCGAGCAGGACAGUAGCUUCUGCGGACAUUGUUUUGUACUGGGAUGUUUACGAAACUGACAUUUAUCAUUCUGGCUUAGCAAGGACUUCUUCUUGGACUGUAGUAUACUACGUUGAUUUGGUAAGAUUCGUGAAUAUAGGACUUCCGCCACCAUUUAUCAGUCGUUCAGCCUGAUCUUGUCGAACACAAUCACAUCGUCAACCUCGAUCAGAUCAUGCAUCACACCCCUCUUGUGACAAUGAAUCAAGUAUCAGGGCAAUUCCGAGACCUUAGUGUCAAGUGCGUCACCUCACAACUUUUGAACCGAUCUCGUGGACUUUGCUUUUAGUUCAACUUUUACUAAGUUGGCAAUUCUCAGGCCAACCCUUAGCAAAACCGUUGGGCGCCAUCAGCAGGUCCCUGUCCUCGUCAUGCCAGGCAAGG